GAACGCGCGAGCGAACGUCCUGCCGACCAACUCUCCCGUCCCCAUUUGGCUCAGAUGAGGGCCGCAGAGGUGAGGGAGAUCGCCGAUGGCGUCGAUUUCGGCCCGGCGUCGCUGGGGCCAAUAGCUGUGAUCACAGAAGGGCUCGCUGGGAACACGGGCACGGUCACGGCCGAGCAGAGGGCCAGGAUACUGCAGCAACACAACUGCCUCGCUCGCACUCGCGGCCGCAAGAGGUAUCCAGAACGAGAGCUCCUGGUGAUCGGACGCGUGGACCGCUUGCGGCAGGCGCACGAGGCUGCGUCGGUGUGCCUUCGCGGCGAAAGCGAGGCCAGGAUCGCAUCCGUUCCAGAGAGUGCGCCGCCGCGGCGGCCGCGCCAGGAACCGCGGCCGCCGCCGUGCCCGCCGCCCUGCAAGGCCCCAGAACCGCCCGACCCGAGCAGCCUCCCGCCAGCCGAGAUCCCGCAGCACGACUCCUGGACGAAGAACGCCUCGGAGCUGCUCGACUCAGGCGCCAAUGCGCUGCUCGCUCUCGCCCCCGCGUGCUCUCUGAAGAUUGGUUGAGGGAGGGUAGGUUGGAGGCAGGAGUGGAAGCAGGGUCCCCCAGCCCCACUCUGA